CCCAACUAUGUCGUCGAGUAAGCAAAGGGUCGCCCAAGUAAGAAACCCUACUCUUCCAGCCCAGACCACCCCUGAGCAGAGGUACUGGAGGGGAUACGUCAAUCCCCAGCUCGUCAAAGAAAACCAUCCCAUCACAAAAAUCCAUUUCAAUCCGGUAUCUCCAAAUGACUUUGCCGUGACUUCCUCCACCAGAAUCCAGGUUUUCUCAUCCAAAACAAGACAGGUGGUCAAGACGUUCUCCAGAUUCAAGGACACGGUGUACUCUGGUGAGUACAGGUACGAUGGUAAGUUGUUGGUGGCCAGUGAUGCUACCGGAUUGGUGUCCAUCUACGAUGCAUAUCAACCCAGAAACCUUUUGGUGAGUUUGAAUCCAUCCACGCAUUCCACACAUGUGGCCAAGUUCCACUCCACCAUUGGAAACCAGUUGGUGACGGGAUCGGACGACAGAAUUGUGAGAUUAUACGAUAUUUCCCAGACUACGAAAGGACCUAUUAUAGAAUUAAGAGACAACUACCACGGAGACUACAUAAGAAGUGCCAGCUUCAUUCCCGGAAACCCCAACUUGAUAGCCACCGGGUGUUACGACGGCAUUGUCAGAGUGUUUGACACAAGACAGUCCUCCUCCAACAACCAACAAUUGAUCGCCCAGUUUAACCAACAGAACCCCGUCGAAGACGUGCUUGCUAUAUCCCCUACCACCUUGGUCAGUGCUGGUGGUCCACAGGUCAAGAUCUGGGACUUGGCCAGAGGUAGCCAGAUCCACGAAUUGAACAACUUCACAAAGACCGCCACUACUUUGCAUGAUACUGGAGACAAGGGACUCUUGGUGGGUUCAUUGGACGGACACGUCAAGAUCUUUGACUACACCACCUCCAACUGGGACGUCAAGUUCGGCUGGAAAUUCGGCAGUGGAGGUGUGUUGAGCUGUGGGGUUUCUCCAGCCUCCAACAACCACAAGCAUUUCGUUACUGGUUUGACAUCUGGUUUGAUCACCAUUCGUACCAGAAAGACAGAGCCAAAGGUGCCACAAGGCAUCAAGCAAGAGAAGUCCAAUGCCUACAGCAGAAUGAUGAGAGGUAGAGACUAUGCUGGCGAAGAAGAGCACCGUUCAGUAUCAUCGUCUGUGCAGACCAAAAAAUUGAAGCAGUUUGAGAGACACUUGAAUGGUUUCAGAUGGUCUGAGGCCUUGGACAGUGCGUUUGUUCCUGGGGUUUCCAAGGAACAAACCGUUACUGUCUUAAACGAGUUGAAAAAGAGAGGUAAGAUCAGAAUUUCGGUUUACGGUAGAGACGAAAUCUCGUUGUUACCCAUUUUGCAGUGGUUCACCAAGAACUUAGAAGACGUGAGAUCCAUCAACUUGUAUUGCGACUACAUCGGAGUGAUAUUGGAGAUGUACGGACCCUUGAUCGAUAAGAGUGUGGUGUUGGAAGAAUGUUUUGCAAACUUGUUGAAAAAGAUUAGCAUCGAAAUCCGCAAGUGUAAGGAUGCCAACGAGAUUGGAGGUAUGUUGGAGCUUUUGACGGUUUAGAGAGUCGUGGUGGGUUUUGAUGGCGAGACCAUUCAUAUAGUACAAUAGAUGUCUAUCUGGAGUUGCUGACGGAAUUUGCGAAUGUAGAAUUGGUAUUAUAU